AUGGCCCUCACAGCAGAGCAACUCAAGAACCAUUUGGUUUCUUACUAUCUCUUGAGUUGGCGAUCAACUGGUGUUCCUGCUGACUUGAACGACAUCCUCAGCCAAAAGUUCGUCUGGGGACUUGACGAGCAAACUGGCGAAAGCAAGGCGCAACAGACCGACCCCGAUUAUGCCUAUAUAUCCUCGGAGGACCCGACAACACUUUUGCGCAUAAACUGCGAUGAUUCAGCACCCACUGAUCCUAAACUCCGCGCCUACUACUCGGACCUGGAAGGAUUCAUGGUCCGUCACCCUGACAUUGUCGCCGAGAUGCGGGCUUCUCUGGAUGAAGACAUUGAGCUCCAGCGCCUCAUCCUUUUGUGGGACACUAAGCCACUGGAGAUGAUGGAUACAAAGGAAAAGAUACAAAUGCUCGCUCGUGAUCAACUGUUGUCCAAAGAGGAGCUGAUUCCUCCCUCGACCCUGAUGAAGCUUCCAAUCUAUCUGAUGAGAGUUGACGACAAGAACCAGGCGUCCUUCCAGUACCACCAAGCUAUAACUACUGGAAUCCAGGGUUCUCAGGAGCAAUUCCUCAACUGGCUCAAUACCAUUGACCACGAGAACAACGAAACCCUUCUCGGCCAAGGCACUAAUGCUUUUAUUGACGAAAUCUUUAACUGGGACAAGUACGACAAUGAUACGGAGCAAACUUGUGCCUUGAGUGGUAUCGCCAACGGAGUGAGCCUCGACGAUUGGUCAUACAAGAGCCUAGAGGACUCCCCAUUCAAGUUGUCCCAUAUUCUUGAGCAACGAGGUGAAUCCUUCGAGAUCAGACAGAACAAUCCUACCGAGGCAGAAAUCCUGCCGUCGGAGGACAAUGGGGAUGUAACUGAACCUGUUCAAGGUUGGUCAAUGGUCAUGCUUCCCAUCCCUGAGAACUACAGACCUGGUGUCAAACCUUGGUACUUGGAUUGA